CUUUAUUUAUCGUUUAGAGGUCGUUGAACGAACAAAUUUUGAAGAUAUAAAACCCUUCUUUCUAUAUGAUAAAAAGUAGCUAGAGGGACUUCUAUUGUUAAUAAUACUCACGAUGUUCUAUUUGUCUUUUGUGCCAUAUUUCCUGAAGAUUUUAAUAAUAUCAACAUUUUUCAUUGAACAAAAAUGUUCUUUUGAGACGUCGAAAACGGCUUGCAGGGCCUCCCUUAAUUCAACUUGCAGUGUAUCGGAAUGUCCACAAAAUAAAGAAGAGUUUGAAGCGGCUGCGAGACGGAAAAAAUGUCACCAGUUUAAUUACGUAAAUUGCAAACCUCUGAAAUAUCACUGUAUUUUGAAUGAAAAUUUGACAGGAUUAAUUGAAGUAUGUACCCCUCAACGGUAUAUUCAAUAUGGGCGGUGUGCUAUAUUUGAGGAAAGAUUCCAUGGCAUUGGGAUCACCUAUAAACAAAACUGUACCUAUUCUGAUAACCCCUGUCCAUCAAUUUAUAAUUCAACAGAGUCGUAUAAAUAUAGCCAAUGCUUUAAAUUGGUGAAUAAUUCCACUGGAUUAUAUACAAAAACUAAAAAUGACCACUGCAAAGUAAGUGAAAAGAAAACUAGCAGUUUUCCUAUUUGGAUAAUUAUAAUCAUCGUUGUCGUAUUGUUUGUUGUGGCCGUGACAUUUGCACUGAUCUACAUCAUAUGUAGAUACAAAAAGAACAAGAGAAACAAAAGAAGACAAGAGAAGAAGGAUGCUAAAGAUGGUACAGAGGAUAUUAUGCUUCAGGAGAUAGACUCACUAUCUUUAAAAUAGAAAGGUGUUUCAAGUGGAUUAAUUUUUCCUCCAAUUCAUU